AUGAGUGAUAAGAAGCCUACAAAAUUGAAACAAUGUAGAAUGAUGAAUACUCAAUGUGAUGUCGAAGCUAUUCUCAUAGCGAUAUUAAAUCAAUAUGUUAAUUUAACAAUAGCUAAACCCCAAAGAAAGACAACAGUGACCAAACAAUUUAUAAAAAUAGUUAAAAUUGAUUUUUGUUCUGGAGAUGAGGUGGAAGUUCAAACGUUCAUUAGAAAAAGAGAGGAUGAAUUAAUUGCAUCUUUAACAAAACAAGGAGUCAGUCAACAAACGGCUAAAAGAAGGAUGCAAGAAGCAAAAAGAUGGGAGUUACUCCAUUUAUUAAUGGAUUUGGUAACUGAAUAUGGUUAUACAGUCUAUGCAGAAAAUGAACAAAAUUGUGGAUUCGAUGGAGGAGUUACAAUUUCCUAUCGAAACAAAUUAUUGUAUUCAAUAAGAGAUAUUAAUAGAAAAGCAUCUUCUAUUAGAGACUAUAUUAUGAAUAAAGUAAAUUCUCAGAUGGUUUCUUUAAUUACAAGAGAUGAGCUUAAAAAUUUCUUAUAA